CCCCGCGCAGAAUGCAUGCUUUCCCUAGUGCUCAGCUUCCAUUGUCUAAUUCCCGCAUGUUGGCAGGGAGCAGAAAAGGCUGCAAGUCCUUCCGUUCAGAACUUUAGCUGUUGGUGGUGUUUCUUGGCCAGAAGCUGUGGUCUCGGGGAUCUGCCGACGAGCCUGUGGUUUCUCUGAGCUGCCGGAGUGUCAGAAUCUGUGAGUCCGUGGGAGUAGCCUCCGAUCCCUGGACUGUGCCUGAAAAUCGACGGACUCGCAAAAGAUCUGAGUUCUCCGGGAUCUGCCAGUGAUCUCUAUGAUCUCUUCCAACGCGAGGUCUCAGAAAACUGUCUGCAGUUCUGGGAUCUAUUUGAGACCCUGUGGAUCUUUGGACUCCGAGGUCUACUGAAUUUCUGGUGAGCCCAGGAGUGCUGUCUGCUCGCUGCCUUUCCUGCUGUCUCUCCCGGGAGGCCCACCCAUUGCACCCGAGAUGGCAGCCACCCUGCUCAUGGCUGGGUCCCAGGCACCGGUGACAUUUGAAGAUAUGGCCAUGUACCUAACUCGGGAAGAAUGGAGACCUCUAGACCCUACACAGAGGGACCUUUACAGGGAUGUCAUGCAGGAGAACUAUGGAAAUGUUGUCUCAUUAGAUUUUGAGAUCAGGAGUGAGAACGAGGUGAAUACAAAGCAAGAGAUGAGUGAAGACGUAGAAUUUGGGACCACAUCUGAAAGACCAGUUGGGACUGCUGAAGAAACUCCUGAAAGCGAAGAGGCCUUUGAAAGUGGGGAUCAAUCAGAAAGGCAGUGGGGAGAUCUAACAGCAGAAGAGUGGGUGAGCUAUCCUCUCCAACAAGUCACCGAUUUGCUUGUCCACAAGGAAGUCCACACAGACAUCCAAUACCAUAUAUGCUCUCAUUGUGGCAAGGCCUUCAGUCAGAUCUCAGAUCUUAAUCGCCAUCAAAAAACCCACACUGGUGAUAGACCUUACAAGUGUUAUGAAUGUGGAAAGGGCUUCAGUCGGAGCUCACACCUUAUUCAGCAUCAAAGAACACACACUGGGGAGAGGCCCUACGACUGUAACGAGUGCGGGAAAAGCUUUGGAAGAAGCUCUCACCUCAUUCAGCAUCAGACAAUACACACUGGAGAAAAACCCCACAAAUGUAAUGAAUGUGGGAAAAGUUUCUGCCGGCUCUCUCACCUAAUCCAGCAUCAAAGGACCCACAGUGGGGAGAAGCCCUACGAGUGUGAGGAGUGUGGGAAAAGCUUCAGCCGGAGCUCUCACCUGGCUCAGCACCAGAGGACCCACACGGGGGAGAAACCUUACGAAUGUAAUGAAUGCGGACGAGGCUUCAGUGAGCGGUCCGACCUCAUCAAGCACUAUCGAGUUCAUACAGGGGAGAGGCCGUACAAAUGUGAUGAGUGUGGGAAGAAUUUCAGCCAAAACUCCGACCUUGUCCGGCAUCGUAGAGCCCACACAGGAGAGAAACCAUACCACUGUAAUGAGUGUGGGGAGAAUUUCAGUCGCAUCUCCCACUUGGCUCAGCACCAGAGGACCCACACUGGGGAGAAGCCAUAUGAAUGCAAUGCUUGUGGAAAAAGCUUCAGCCGGAGCUCCCACCUCAUUACCCACCAGAAGAUCCACACUGGAGAGAAGCCCUAUGAGUGCAACGAGUGCUGGCGGAGCUUUGGGGAAAGGUCAGACCUGAUAAAACACCAGAGAACCCACACAGGAGAGAAGCCCUAUGAGUGUGUGCAGUGUGGAAAAGGGUUCACCCAGAGCUCCAACCUCAUCACGCACCAGAGAGUUCAUACAGGAGAGAAACCUUACGAAUGUACCGAAUGUGAGAAGAGUUUCAGCCGUAGCUCAGCUCUGAUUAAACAUAAGAGAGUACACACGGACUAAGCCCUGAAAUUAUAUGACUGAAAAACUACUCAAUUGGAGGUAUAAUUCUUUUUUAAUAUAUUCAUGAGCUCCUUCAGGAUUGAGCUGUUUUAACCAUAUUGAAUUUUCUAGUUGUGGGCCACAAUUUAAAACUUUAAGACAAGCCAUUUGGAAUUUUGACCCACUUCCAAAAUGGUGAUUUCUAGUCACUCAAUGUUAACGAACUACUUCAUCAACAUCAGCCUCACAAAAAGCUGGAGACCAGGGAAUAAAGGCUGGUGAAUGCUCAGGCCUGGAAAUGGAGCAAAUCUUUAAAAGUUGUGUCUCCAUCCUUUGGCCCAAAGAACUAUGCUAAGGGAAAUGUGGGAUUGUAGCGGAGUGGCCACGGCUGCUUUGGAAAAAGGCAACAGGGAGUCUACCUGAAUUGCCACACCAGUUCACAUACCAUACUCAUUAGGCACAUGCGUUCUUUCCCUGCAAAGGGUUUGGGGUUUGUUUGUUUUGCAAAGGGCUUUUUACUUGAGUUGCUUGUGCAUUUGUAUCUUUCUGUCUUCCUGUGACCAGGAGUCUACAGGAUGAAGGCACUGAUCAUUACUUCUCACUGUUCCCAUUUAAACUUUCAAAAACUGGCAUUCUUAUGAAGAUACAGAUUGAGAGGAAAAAUAAGACACAGGUUUGGGGACCAAGGACCUGUCAAUGGUGGUGACUUUAGCAAGCAGUGCCCACUGUUGUUAGCAUUAAUCAACAUGUAUGACUUUUCUUUGGGAGUCAAUGUAGGGGACAUUGUAGGAAAUAUAUCUACCAGAAAAGAAGCUCGUACAGUGAAGGUAGCAUGUGAGGAACGAGUGGAAUUUGAUCAAGGAAGGAAGCACAGAUUCACUUCCCAAGGAAUGCAGGCGAUUUCUAUAGUCUUUCUCCUCUAUCUGUUAUAGAUCAAUUCUCCCUACUUCUGACACUAGGAUUUGAUAAAAGCCACACCCCAGUGUUUAUCUUAGCUUGCAUAAGGGCAUGUGUAUAUACAGUGCAAUUUGUAUUUGUGUGGUUUUCCAAUGCUGAAACCAGUCCCACAGAUUUAGCAUGUUCUUGGGUGGUAUUGAUGAUGUGACAGAACUGCAGACAUAACUCCAAUGUGACAUGUUCUUUUUCCCCUCUCUGGGGGAAAAAAAAGAUCAAUACUAGUUUUGUGUUUCAGUGUGCAUAUGAUCUGUCUGUACAGAACUAAGCACUUGUUUAUAUGUAUCAGUAAUCGUGGAAGAUAAUAACCAUACAAAUAGGCUGAUUGUCCAAGUCUCAGAUUGAAUUUCAUUCAUGUGCAGUGAAGAACUCUGGCCUUUCAGAAUGAAUGAAUAAACCUAGGUGGGAUAUAUUUCCAUCCUCUAAGCUUACAAGUGUAAGUGGUUAAAAUAAGAACUGCCCUGAUGUAAGCCCAGGCAGUGUCAGUUCUCAUCUCAGUCUGAAUAGUGAUUGAGAAACAUCCCAUAUGUGGCUGUGUAUUCAAGCAUUUGGGGUGGGAGUUGGUGUCCACGAGAUGGGCCUGGAAUAACAUAUUUCCUCUUGCGAGUGCCCCAAAGUGUUUCUACUGUGCGUUAUUGGGACUGUUGGAACUUCUUAAAAGGCUACUUCUGUCAUAGCUCUUUGGGACUUGGUGUUAAAGGAGCAGGUCCACUAUCUUGGGUAUUGCGCUAUAGUGAUUUACUGUGACCCAUGGCUACGUAGGACAGCAUGCAUCAAUCACUGGCCAGUGACCAAAAUUCGAAAGUAACAAAAAUGAAGGACCACUCCAUCUGUCGAUGGGGUUUCUUUGUCUUGCCACGACCAAUUGAAUACAAACUGGGGCAGGGAUCAUGUCUGCUAUAAACACUAGCAGACUCCGGAUGUUUAUGAUUUAAUUGUUGGGUGACUUACAUGUUCAUGGUGAUUGAACUUGAUUAUGUUUUUUCCCCAUCAGUGUCACUGAUUUGCAGGCAUCUCCAAGUUCUCUGUUGCUUCUGUGAGCCACUGCUGGCAACAGCUUGAGAGUGGCUAAAGAAGACCGCAUCUCCAUGACCUAGCUGUAUUUUACUCCCCUUCUUCCUCUGCUCUCCUGGCCCCAGACUUGUUCCUGCUGCUGCUCUUGGCUUCUUAGAGAGAAAAGGCUCUUACGUGUCCCAGCCAUCUCUUCACACAUGCACAUGCCCUCUAGGAAGUUCAAAUGGCAAGGGCAAGACUAACUCUGUCUCCUCUCUCUCUCCCAACUGCUGCCCCUCUGCUGUGUGGAAUGAACUUUGUGUGUGUAGAUGUUAUGCAUCCAACUCUUUGCUGAUACUUUUUGCAUGCCCUUCUACUCCCAAGUCCCUGGCUGCUUCUGCACAUACCCUGAACACCUUGUGCCUGUUCUAUGGUUGUGGAGGGGGAGUGAACAAGUAUUUCGAGCAGUCUCCCUUAUGGUAUUGGUUACACUUACCCCAGUGUUUAUCUACAUCUGUAUUCUAACAAUAUCCUAGAAUUAAAAGUAUACUUUUUAAAAUAAAAUAAAAACUUGGACAAUCGCUGUA